AUGGAUCCUAUGGAAGAAAACAUUUUCCUCGAGGAACAUAUGAAAUUAACGUUCAGUAUUAUGAAUGAUCUGCGGAAAAGGAAAGAAUUGUGUGACGUAAUACUUUGCGUUGGACAGCGACAAAUUGAUGCGCACAAAGUUGUUCUGGCAUCUUUUAGUCCUUAUUUUUACGCAAUGUUUACAAAUGACGUCAUUGAAAGCCGUCAAAGCAGGAUAACGUUGAAGUCCAUGGAUCCAAGAAGUGUGGAAUUGCUAAUCGAGUUCGCAUACACUGCUCAAAUUAGAAUAACAGAAGAAAAUGUACAAAACUUGCUUCCCGUGGCCUGUAUUUUGCAGAUCUCGCCUGUGAAGAAAGCGUGUUGUGACUUUUUGCAGGCGGAACUAGAUCCUUCUAACUGUAUUGGUAUAAAAGAUUAUGCAGAGAUUUAUGGUUGUGCCGAUCUGGCGAAAGCUGCUGAGAAGUUUAUUUUUCGUCACUUUCUAGAAGUGUCUGAGAGCGAGGAAUUUGAAAUCUUGAACCAGGAGCGGUUAAUUGAUUUAAUUAGUCGUGAUGAACUUUUUGUUAAGUCAGAAGAUGAGGUGAGGUGUUACUGAUAGUUUGCACCACAGAUGAAGCUAAACCACUGGUUUAGUUCAUCUGCGAGCUGGUGCCGAAAUCCUUGUUCUGAGCCCUUGAUUGUGUACCAGGAAUUGAGUAGGCGCCAUGGUUGGCCAGGUAAAGCAGGUAUUGUUUGAAUGGCCAAUCAGGUUGAAGGGAGAUUCAAAAUGCACUUCCCAUCAUAUCACAUACUCCUUGAGUCUGUUGGUGGCCCAGAACAAGAAUCUAGCUGCUGCGCCACAGAUAUUACUAGCUGGGGUGAGAUAUGUCUGCAAUGUAGGCUAAGGACAGGGGGGCUUCCCACCAUCCUCCUGAUAAUUUUAGGAGGAGAGGGUACUUAAGUAACUGACCUAUACUGGAAUGCAGGAACAUGAUUUGGGUUUUGACCUCAUUUCUGUCUUGAAAUGGGUGGCGGGAGGUAUGGGGGGGGAUUUUGCAAUGAUUUUGUCUUAAGGCAAGGUGAAGUCUGUGUUCAUACCAAGACUGGCCCAUCAGGCCAGAGCUUUUCCCAAUUCUGAGAGCAUCAAGGGAUUAGGAAUAUUUCUACCCCCCUGGAUGGUAUUUAUCAAGAGAUUAUUCCAUUCAGCUAAAAUUGCACAUUUGCAGUAAGAGGGAAAGAAGAAGCUUUAGAUCCCUGGGCAUUGACCACUUCUCUAUUAGUCACUGCUUUCAUACCUGCAUAGUUCUCACAUUCCACUUCCCUAUUCUGAGUCAUAGUACUAUAAGAGAUUUAACAUUACAGCUUUGAUUUUCAUAUAUUGUACAUUAUUAUCUACAACUUUCAGGUUUUGGCAGCCCUGUUGAGGUGGGUGACAUAUGAUUUAAAAGAAAGAACAAAAGAACUAAAGCAUCUUCUGAGUUACAUACGAGUACCAUUCGUGUCCAGUUCAUAUCUCAAGUCAUUGAUCCAGUGUUGUGAAGAAGGACUAAGGUCUCAGUUCAAAGACACACUGAUUGAAGCCUUUUCGGUAAGUUAGCUGACUGUAUGCUUUACCAAAAGCUUAUGCAAAAUUUGUACCAUCAAUCUCAAAUGUCCAGUUAUGUAAAAUUCUAAGGAAAAUUGAAAGGAGCUCAGUGCUCUGAAUCUGUAAAAUCUAGGGUGCCCAGCAAGUGAUUUGUAUUGAUCAAAAAACCAAGAUUUUCUAGUUGCGGUAGACUGCAAAACAGUCGGUAUUUUUUCUCAAAAUCAGUAAGGAAAUCGGUAAAGCGUGCGAGCCUCACACGCCCUACGGGCGUGUGAUGCGAGAGAAUAAAAAAACCGACUGUCCGUUUUCCAUACAAUGAGUUCGUUCCGACCAGGGGGUUCAAAAAUGUCGUCGAGCUGUCAAAAAUCUGUUCACAACUCCGCCCUCUUCGUGAAUUUGAUACACUCUCGGUGACGAGGGAGAAUAGCGCGUGUUAUUGUCUGCACUUGGCUUCGAAUCUUGACGCUGUAAUCCAGUAAUUCUAAAGCAGUUUUUAGCGUUGCUUCUCCGUGAAAUGUAGUGUAUAUAGUGAAAUGUAGUAUAUACGUUACCAAAGUGGGCCGACCUACUGAAAAACGAACUUUUCGUUGUCCUCGAGGAAGGAGAAUCGUUCUCCACAACAGUUUGCUCUCCGUGCGGAACAAAGCUUAGAAACUGCCCCGGGAAACUGCACGGCGAUGCUUUCGCAAAUUAGAGAAGAACUGAACACGCCAACUGACAAUGAAAAAUUAUUGCGAUUGAAAAGAAUGAGUAAAUCCCCUCAUUCCAAUUCACAUCUUGGUGAUUUAGCUCUGUAAAUCACUAUCUGUUUGAAUUUAAAAUCCUGCUAAAAACGCUAACGAGCUGGGCCCAGCGUGACAAAACAUUGCAGGAAAAAGUCAAAUACACGGACACAAAGAAAAUCGCUUAAAAUUAUUCAAAUAAAGGAGACACUUUGGAGAAAUAAAACAACCUAAAACCCUCAAUCAGCCGCAGUGAAGAGCUUUACGUUUCUAAAGGAGCCAAGAAAAAAAAUGUUCUUGCAUCAGAGGGCAAAUCAUGCCGACCAGAGAAAAUUAAUAUGCGUGUCACGACCUCUCAGUAUGAAAUAUAUUUAAUAAGGGGCCAAAAUUCACAUUUACUCAGUCAAAACGUUUUCCUCCAAAGCAUAAUCUACUCUCGACAGAGAAAACAAUUCAUUGGAACAAGCGGCGUGUUUGCAUGAGGUAAAAGUCGUGUGAUUCCUACCGAUCCCCCUUUUUUAGCCAGGCGAGAUAACAAUGACGGUCGGCUGUUGCACGGAACCUGAAGAACUCUUUGCAUGAACAAACAUCUGAUAUAUAAGGCUUUUGUCAAAUCCUGUUAGUAGAACACAGAAAUCAUCCUUUCCCCUGAGCAGCAACUCCAAAGCUUCCCUCAGCUCCGAUUUUAAAACAAAUCCCAAUUCUUGCGAGCAAAUCCAGGCAUCAACAUCCGUCAUUUUACAGCUAAAGCUUUUGCGAUUCAUCACGGUAGGGAAUAUCGCGAAUGACUUGUUGAAAACAUUACUUGGCAGCUUGGUGACAGCUUGCAUCGAAAUUUAGCCAAUGGGAAUUGCCCGUGGCUGGGAGAAGCGGGUAAUUCGAACGAAUAUAACGUAUGCAAAACGGACAGUCCGUAUUUUUAGCGUCUCUCCCCAGUCUCGCUCUCUGUUUUCAGUCUCGUACCGGACCUUUUGUUUGACUGCUCGCGUGUACUUGAAUACGUAAAAAUACGGACUGUUUUGCAGUCUAUAGUUGCGGGAGAGUUAAAGUUGGGCACCAGGGGACACAGGGUUCUGCUAUUAAAUAGUCAAGAAUACUUUUGACCAAUUCUUUUUGCAGCCCGCCCAGCCCUGCCCCCCUUCUAACCCAGUCUACAAAUCAUUUUUACCAUGGUCUUAUGUUGAUUAGUCUCCCUCGCAGCCGUUAUUUGAAUGUCAUGCAGGGGGAGCGUUGCGUGACAUCCAAAAAACGGCUGCAAGGGAGACGAUAUGUUGAUCUGAGCACAGUGAUUUUGUUACCUCUGCAUCCUGCAUCCCUGAGCUCAGUGCUCUGAAUCUGUAAAAUCUAGGGUGCCCAGCAAGUGAUUUGUAUCAAAAAAACCAAGAUUUUCUAGUUGCGCGAGAGCAAAAGUUGGGUUGCAGGGGCCACAGGGAUCUGCUAUUAAAUAGUCAAGAAUACUGUCUUCUGACCAAUUCUCUUUGGCAGCCCUCCCAGCCCCCAUUAUUAACCCAACCUUCCCCUGCCCCCCUUCUAACCCAGUCUACAAAUCAUUUUUACCAUGGUCUUAUGUUGAUUAGUCUCCCUUGCAGCCGUUAUUUGAAUGUCACACAGGGGGAGCAUUGCGUGACAUCCAAAAAUGGCUGCAAGGGAGACUAUAUGUUGAUCUGAGCACAGUGAUUUUGUUACCUCUGCGUCCUGUGUCCCUGACACAUAAAAAUACCCAAAGAUGCAAAAUAAUUUGUGGCAUGGGUGCUGUACGGCGCAAAGAUUGAUUGAUCGAUCCGGAGAUGAUUUUUUGUAGAAUAUCCUGUUUUUGUGACUUCUGUGGCCGUUCUUGUGGCUAUUGUUAUAAAAUAAACAACACUUAUUUCUUUUAGUCUUUGUUGUGCUUUACAAUCAAAGGAGUAUAUUUUUAUUUCAGUGAACUGUAAUACAGAGUUUCGGAGUCCACCCUUCAGAGUAACUGUGUGGUUACAGAAGACCCAGGGACUUGGUUUUUGAACUAGGUCUCAAUGGUUCCGUACUGGGACUCAUCUUUUUCACAAGAUGAUUCCCAGGACUCACCAUAAAUAUUUGUAACAAAAUCACUGUGAGCAUCAUUAUAGCAUAAUCUUUUGCAGUAAUGAAAGAUGCACAAAAAUGCUGCCAGAACCUUAUUAUAAAGAACUUGGAAACAAAAAAAUGUUUCUGAUAUUUGCCAGGUCUCUAGGAGACUUCCAAAUAAUUCAGGAGAGCUGUCAUAGAUAAGAAACUGCUUUGCAUUAAAAAGUGGACUAAUGACAACAUUUUUUCAACAGGACUCAAAGAGGAUUUCUUCAAUUUGUACAAUCCACAAAAGACGUCCCCCAGGACCAACUGUCAUGUUCUUUGCCGGUGGAUAUUUGCGGAGAUCUCUUGACGUUCUAGAGUGUUUUGAUCCGCUUUCUCUCACAUGGACAACACUUUCUCCUCUCUCGCUUCCAAAGAGUGGAUUAGGAGCUGCUUACAUUGGUAAGGCUUAUCUCCUGGAGGAGGCUCUGCCUUGAGGUUCAACCUCUUACACUUUUAUAUACAUUUUUUUAGAAAGUGUAACCGUUUUGCAUACCAGUGAUUUUUUCAGAAAUAGUUAUGGUGAGUCCUGGUGCGAAAGCAUGAGUCCCCCUCCAGAACCAAUGAGUCCCGGUUAAAAGAAAAAUGAGUCUGAAAUAGCCUGAGUAUCAGGCCCUCCUAAGGGGCCAGGGGAGAGGAGAUUUUAGAUGGGGGAGGAGGGAGGGGGAGAAGAGAAAGGAAGGCCUGACACAAAACCAUUCAGCAAAUCGUGUGACACAUCCAAAAUCUGGAUGUGGCAGUGAUUGGAUGACACACAAUAUCCCCUGACGUCACUGACUGCAACUUAAUACGAGCAGAGCAAUUGGAAAGGAGAAAUCAUUGAAAUUUUUCGUACAUGUUUUGAUUUCAUGUGGUACUGUUAUGGACAGAGACGCAGAGAGGAAUUCAAAAAGGCUCUAGAGGUAGCCUGUGAACAGGCCUCUCAAGUUCUUUCCUGGAAUAAAAAUAAAACCUGAGUAAGAAUUGUGUUUUCAAAGCCUCGUAGUUAAAAGGAAAGAUGUUCUCGGAGUAUGGAAAAGCCUCAUUUACCAGCUUCUGCCAAAACUGUGUGCAAGUAUUGGUUUCACAAGACCGGGACAAAGAAGACAAAAUCAGUGCUUUAGAUAUCUAAGUUCUGAUUUGCAACAUCCUGCCGUUAAAAGGGUAUUCUUACUGCAAAUGAAAUUAGAGCGAGGUAGCCAUGUAUUGAGAAUAGCCGAUAGCACCAAGGCUUUAGCUUGACUUUGCUUGUGCCUAUUUCGAUAGCAUACGUGAUUGGAAUUUGUUUGCUUCCUCGUCCAAAAUUUUUUUCACUUUUGAAAUAUUUUAACCUCAAGUGGGCGUCGUCAUAUUUCGCUUUCCCUCAGAUGAGUCUCGGCCUGAUCUACCUCAGCUUUUUAGUUGCCAGACUCUCAGGAACCUGCUUAUUAAUGAGUGCCUGUUGUAACUCUGUAAACAAAAGCAAUUUACAAUUUUCCGGGCACAUGUUUAUUUACAAACAGAACGUUGGCAAUCUUACAUUAGUACAAUUCGUAAAACAUGUUAUAAUUCCUCAAAAACGGCAGGUUUUCCACUACAAGUAUUCGAAAACUCCUCAUUGGAGGUUUCAGAAAAAAGCAAAAUCGUAGCAAAACAGGCACCGGAGCUCAGCCAGAGUGUAAGAUGAGAUUUAUUUCAGGCGAGCUUUUUGACACGUGAAGCUGACAACCCAAUGACCGAAAGUGAUUUUGAUCGGAUGGUAUCGAAUCAUGUUGUGGGGGUGGAAAGCUCUAGUGAAAGCAUCUGUGUCAGGCGUUUCUCUCCUUCAGCUGUCUCCCUUUUUCGCUUAGUAUACUGAAAUUAAAAUAUUAUAGUCCUUCUAUUUUAAAGCACAACAAGGGCUAAAAGAAAUAUGCAUCAUUAAACAACAGCCAUAAUAACUACCACAGAAAUUACAGAAAUGGGCCAGAUAUUUCUACGAAAUAAUACACGUUCAGAUCGAUCUGCCACCAUCAUCCAUCAUUGUCCAAGACUCAGACCUGUGAAAACAGUGAGUUAACUGUAUCUAAAAAUUGUGACCCACUUUUCUCCCUCAUGACCCCCCACCCCCCCUUCCCCACCCCUUUAGCUUCACUAGACCCCAGUGUACAAAAGUGUCUUCCUCCCUUUGGGGGCUAAUCUUCACUGUGCAAACACAAUGUAGAUUUGAGCGAGUUUAACUAAAAAAAUUCCAUUCAGCCUGCCUGGCUUUGUACCUAUUACCUAAUUCUACUCAAGCUUAGCUCCACACAAUGACUUUACAGAUAACAUGUUGUACAUAAUUGGAGGUCGCAACAACACCUCAUCAGGAAACAUUGACACACCAAGUGUUGAACGUUAUGACCCCCUGCGAGAUGAAUGGAAGCCUGUUAAAUCUCUCAGUGUCCCGCGCAACAGACUUGGCGUGGCCGUCUGUGAGGGCUGUAUAUAUGCAAUUGGAGGUGGAAAUGGAAACUCAUGUCAUGUAUCAGUGGAACGCUAUGAUCCAAAGCAAGACGAAUGGACAAUGCUGAUGCCCCUGAACUUUCCUAGAAUAGGUAAAUGGAUUUUGUAGUGUCAGAUCUAGAAGUUGUGAAGACACAGCUAUAGUAAGUGUUUUGUAUUGUGGCAGAAAUUUGGGCUGGUUUUUUCAUUUAUUUUUUUCAACCUCUUAGAAAGCAGGGGUAAGGAGAAAAGACCCUCUUUCUUCUCCUUCCCCUCCCUCACCCACACCCAAAGAGGUCAUGCUUACAGUCUACUUAGGUCGAAAUUAUUGACUAGACAAGGCACCUGUCAAGUAUUGCUCAAAUGUAAAAUUUCUUUUCACACUGAUGUAUUGAUGAUAUGAGUGAAAAGUAACUUUUCACCUGUUACUCCAGAAAAUAUCCACACUCUGCCCACGGAGAGUAUAAUCAUUUGAACUGCCCCGCCCCUGUUCUGGAAAUCCCAGUUUGUCUUGUACUGGUACUUUGCAUUUAAAAUUUUGGCACUUAAAACCCCAUUCCCUUUAGAAUUCCCAGUGACCUUUCACUUGGGUACAGAUGUUUUCUAGAAGCACAUAAUAGACACCUUCAGAUUCUAAGACAAGGAUAACUACAAGGAUCUACUACUAUUUAGUGUGUGCACGUGAGCCAGUGUCAUUUUUGUGGGAAAAUGUGAUGGCUUUUGCCAUUCAGCUAUAGGUUUUAGUGAGAAUGUUGAAGUGGCUGAAACAAGUUAUAUUACAAGUUUUAUCGUUUUGCCAUCGGGACUUCAAUAAAAAUAACCGCUGUUCAAGUUUCUGGUGAAAAAUAGUACAGUGUACCUUUCCGGGGUGUCUAUUUUUUGAGAAUACAUGAAAAAUCUAAUCCUUGUACGUCGUGGUCCCAAUCCUCUAAUUUAAUGGGCUCUAUUAUAAGUUGAGCAAAAACAAUCUACUAUCAGUCUCCAGCCUCAAGGCAACUUAUUAUAGAUUAUGCAUAUGAGCAGUACAGCACACUGAGUGGUGAAUAAAGGUAUUUGAUUUUUCUGUCUGAGUAUGGUGAAAUUCUUAUCUUAGGUGUCGCUGUUGCUGUGCUUGGGAAAAAGUUGUAUGCCAUUGGAGGUUUUGAUGGAAGAAACAGGCUUAGAAGGUUUGUGAAUGGACUCUCUGUGUAUAUCUAGUAAGAGGCAUUGAUUGCAAAUGUUUCAGAUAAAUUGUGUGGUUUAGUCGUGAAAUUCAAGGGAAACAAAAUUAAUAUAGAUGCAAGCCUGUAAGUGUGAGCAAGAACCUCAAAAAUUAGUUUUAAAAAGAUAGGCCUUCAUGUACCACUUUUAUUCCAGCACUUUUCAGUAAAAGACACAAGCUCUCAUUGGUUUUCAAAACUAAACCAUUUUUUACUGCCACUGGAAAUGUUAGUGGCGUAGAACUUUAAUGUAAGAAAAACAGCAUAUUGCUCCACCCCAAGAAAGGUCCCACUUCCUUAGAUCAACCUUAACAGAAGAUUUAAGAUGUGUUUUAAAAUAACAGUAGUUACUAAAGCUUAUUUCAGAGUGGAAACUGCAAGGUUUUUGACUGGGUUCUAAGGUUGCCUACCAUAAGACAAAAAAACUUUCAUUAUAACAAUAAAUAUUGUACCAGCAUGCUGAGACUGAGAAUUCUUUGUUUCAAUUUUUACUUCUUUACAGUGUGGAAUGUUAUGAUAUAGAUACUGAUUUGUGGAGACUAGUAUCACCACUUGUUGAACGUCGAAGUGGGGCAGGAGCAGCAUCCCUGAACGAGUAUGUUUAUGCCAUUGGAGGGUACAAUGGGGAUGCACAGUUGAGCAGUGUAGAACGUUACGACCCUACACUUGAUACAUGGACAGUUACGUCACCUCUUAUUCACAGGAGGAGUGCCUUAAGUGCAACUGUGCUCCUUAAUAAACUUUAUGUUGUUGGCGGGUAUGAUGGCGAGGGGUUUUUGAGUACUCUUGAGGAGUAUAUCCCAGAGGAAGAUCGCUGGAAACUGGUUAGCAGCAUGAAUUUGGGAAGAAGUGGGGCUGGAAUUGCAGUGGGAUGGAAACCAGCUAUGUGAUCACAACAGUAUUAUUACUCAUGGGUAAAUUGGUCAUUUAAUAAGACCUUGGAAAGGUCAGAACAUGAACACAUGUAUAACAUGAAAGUAAACUUUUCCGAAAUGAAAAAUGUUUGGCUAUGAUUAAAACACAUUCUACUGCUAUGUGUAAGCAAAAUGCUACCUAAGAUAUUCUUUUAUGUUAUUAGUUACACUUGUUGUCAUAACUGUCAUUAGAGGUUGUUAGAUUCAAAGAUUAGGAUGACUAUGAGAACAAGAUUUUCCCAAAACUAAAUAGCAUAUGCACGUGAAGCUGAGUCACUUUGGCUGGAAAUUUUAAUAGCCAUCAUCAUUCAACUUUGGGCUUUAGCAAGAAUGUCAUAGUGGUGGCUUAACCUCCACCAAGAAAAAUAAUCAUGCUAACUUUAAUUUUUUGAAGGUUUUUUCGAGGUGUUUAGGUUCUGAGAAUAAUGCAACAAAAAAACUUGAAGUUAAAUCUUGUGCACAUAGUCCUCCUUUUCUUUGAAUCUACAGGUCUCUAUUAAUAGGACCUGUGCAGGGAAUUUUGUCUGCUACAAGAACUGAGAGCCUCUGUUACUUUUGAUAACAACCCAUAUGUUGCAAUAAGGAAAUGACAACUUGUCCAACUUCCUGGCCUACCACGCAGAUGUUUUUAGGGCUUUAUCACCCAUUCCUCCCUUGUAAACAUUCAUGAGGGAAGAAUGCAUGACCAAGAGCUGCACGACAGGCUACCCACUUGCUUGCCUACUUCAAAAAUAAGUGACUGCCCCACUGCAGUAACUUGUGAGUGCCCUGAUCACAGUGAUCAGGCCCCAGUAGUUAGAAAGGUGGAUAGCACUAUACUAUCCAAAGGUGAUUUAUCCAGAGGAUAGCACCAUCCAACUUUUGAACAACCAGGGCCAGGACUGUAAGUAAGCAACAUGACAGCAGCGGCAACAAAUGUGUCAUCUAAAAGCUGUUUUACCUUCUUUCAUUUUACAGUAAUCAUGAAUAUUUCA